AUGGCGAGAUCAUCGUUGACGUCUCGUUCUUCUUCUUCUUCUUCUUCUUCGCGAGGAGGAGGAGGAGGAGGACGAAAAGGCGUCUUUUUCUUCCUCUGUUGUUUUCACAUCAUCGGUGUCAUCGUUUCAAUCAUCCUCUGUUGCGCAUCGGUCGAUGUGAUUUUGGUUUCCGCUUCUUCUUCGCACGAAGAAGGUUUUGGAGAGGAAGACGAACGUUCCGUGAAAUCGUUUAAAGUCUCGCGAAAUAUAGGGGGGUCUUUGUCUUCUUCGAAGGAGAAGGAGGAGACGAAAGUUUCGUCCUCUUCCUCCUCCAACGCGUUGCUCGAUCUCGCGUCGAACAAAAAACACGGCGAAGAGAUACAGUUUCCUCUUUGGCACUCGCUCGAGUACUUCAUUAAUAACGAGAAUACGAAAGAAGAAGGUAAAGAAGAAGAGUUCGUGAAAGUAGGGACGAUUUCCGGGACGAUCGUUUUGGAGAACAACAACAACAACGUGAAUAACAACGAGAAGAGUAGUAAAGCGUCUGGUACAAAAUUUCGUUUGAAAGAUGUGAAAGUCCAUAGGGACGAGAUGACCACGCGAGAGAAGGACCAAUUGCAAAGUUUAGCGAAGAAAGGGCGUAAGUAUCGGGUGCGAGUUCCAGCGAACGUCUUGGCACCGAGCGGAAACGCGUUCGCGCAAGCCGCGAGUCCGGCGCGAUGUGUCGUGACGAGUCGAUUGAGAGAGAGUUUCACGUUGCACAUGGACGAUAGCGGGAACGUUUUAGCCGUGGAUUACGACGCGGAGUGUCCGGCGGAAGUGCAUUUAUUAGGAGGCGGAGAAGAGGGUAGUUUAGGAGGAGAGGCGGACGGCGGAGGUGACGACGGGGACGCGUCGUUAUUCAUCGCGGACGGGGCACAGUUUCGAUCGGUCGCCACGGCGAGAUUUCCGAAACGCGCGCCGCAGUUGAACGCGGACGCGGCGAUGACGGACGUCAGAGGGCACGGAGGCCCGAUGGACACGAAGAAAGCGCAAGAAAUUAAAAACAGAAGAGCGCGAGGGGAGAAGGUGGAUGCGACGACGAAAGAGUUGACGUGGUUUCAAAGAAACUACAUGUGGGUAGUGCCGGUCGCUUAUUUUAUGUUUAUGAAUAUGGUGCAAGAGCAAGGAGGAGGAGGAGGAGGAGGAGCUCCUGCUACGCCGGCGACACAAAAGAAAUCGAAUUAA